CAGUGCGGUUGCUUCGAAAACACUGGACGGAAUGGCGACUUUUGCGAUCGGCGAAAUACCCAACUACUUCAAUAUGGAGUUCUUCAAACGAGCGCUAGAGAAUGGUUUGCGUAUGGGCGAUCUUAAAAUAUUGGGCAUAUCCAUUGAGAAUCUAACAAUGGGUGGCGAAAAUUACUGCAGUAACAUAUUUCGGGCGACUAUUAAGUACAAAACCAGCGAGGAUCAGCAAACUGAACAGACGAUAAUAGUAAAAAAUAUGCCGAAACAAAAGCAAAGUGUACUUAAUCGUUUGAAUAUCUAUCGUAAGGAGACCAUCUUCUAUUUGGAUAUCAAACCUAAAAUGGAAGCGCUCAUGUGGUACUUGGAUAAGCCAUGGAGUCUAGCAGCUAGGCACUUUCACUCAACCACCGAGCCGGAGCAGAAUAUUAUGUUCGAAGAUCUAAGUAUGCUGGGCUUUAUGUUGGAGAGUCGACAAGUAGGACUUGACUUGGCGCAUGCGCAAAUUGUGAUGCAAAAGUUGGGUGAAUACCAUGCACUUACUAUGCUGAUGGCAGACAGGUCACCUGCGAUUAUUAUCGACCAUUUUGCCUUUGGACUUUUGAAUAAAGACUCAAUCAAGAAGGAAGCUUUCAAAGCUUUAUUUGGUGCACAGCUCUUAAAGCUCGCUACACUUGUUGCCGAAUACCCCACAAUGGAGCUGAUAUCAAAGAAAUUAUUGAAAUAUUACGAUCAUUUCACGGAACGCGUGCUGCAGUCCGUCUAUCCGUUACGGGGUAAUGUGAAUGUAUUAAAUCAUGGCGACUUGUGGGUAAAUAAUAUGUUCUUCAAAUACGACUGUAACUCAACAAAAUUUAAAGCGCCGAGCGAAGUUAGAUUUAUCGAUUUUCAGUUGUGUUAUUACGGCAGCAUUGGAUUCGAUAUCAAUUAUUUUUUGAACACCAGUAUUCAACUAGAUGUAUUGAAAAAUCAUCGUGGAUCCUUGAUUGAAACAUAUUAUGACGGUUUAGUGCGAACCCUGAAAGCUUUGCCUUACAAUAAUCCAAUACCCAAACUCACCGAUAUUUUGGAGGAGAUUGCUCAGCGUGAAAGUUUCGGCUUCUUCGUUGCAUUCGGAUUCUUUCCGUUAAUGUCCAUGUUCACAAUGGACUCACAGGAUAAUUCUUUAGAGAAAUUCUAUGAUGAGGAAUUCGCUCGUCGCAAAAUCGAGUUAAUGUUUCAAAGUAAUCCACGGACGAUGGAGACACUGAAAUAUUCUCUAGAGCGUUUCGAUGAUUUGAAGGUUUUGGAUUGACUCUAUAAUUGUACGUGAAUUGUUUUAGUUAUUAAACCUGUAUUUUCCACAA